GAGACGUUUUGAGUCUGAAAGGAAAACGUGGAGAUCUAUGGGAAAUUGCAGUCGUUAAGAGAUAACGAGUAUAUCUGUCACAUUCUGUCAGUGUUGUGUUCCAAGAGAUGACUAGUCCAGUCACACAGAGUUUAGAAAGGAUACCAGAUCAGCUGGGAUAUCUUGUCAUCCAUGAAGAUGGAGCUGUAAUUGCUUCUUCUGGUGAACUAGAGAAUGAUGAAAAGACUGCCGGUAUUAUUAUGAAUAUGGUUCAUAUGGCCAGUAGAGUACAGCUGUCACCAGAUAGAAAUGAUCCAUUUAAAAGACUAUCAGUUGUUUUUGAUACUUAUAUGUUCGUCAUUACAAUAUCCAAUCAUAAAGUAUACGUUUGCAAGAGGAAAUAUCUGCCAUCUGAACCGAUCAAUGCAUGAAACAUCUUGGGUAUAUCGAACACAGUAUAUCUCCAUUGUUGAACUAUUAUGCUUUGAUGUGGCUUAUGUAAAUGGAAUUCAGAUUGAUUCAUAGAGAAACUGGAUAAGAUCACUACAUAUAUCAUUUUAGAAGACCAACAUUGUAGGUGUUAAACUGGUCGAUAAGAGGUUGAAAUCCCAUAUAUAUACCUAUUUACAACAAUAUGAGGAACAGUGUACCAGUGAAUAAUAAUAAUAAAGUAUUUUUAUAAAGUUAACAAUGGGUGAUGGUUGUCCAGAUUUGAGUUGAUAAAUCCAGUGGUGAUGCAUAAUGCAUUAAAGAGAGUUUUGAUUAGGUCGCAUUAAGCCUUAAAUACUGUCUUAGUCUCCUUUGAGUCCUUCAAUACAUGUUCAAUCAUUUCAGGAAUUAACUAGUUUUAAUCUUUUGAUACUGUGUCUUUUUAUGGCAUUAAUUAAUAACAGUCACAAUCUCCAUCACUCUUCAAUCCAACAUAGCAGCUGCUGUAUGCAUCCCUUAUCGGCUCCAAAAAAUGUGUAGCAGUGUGAUUCUGGACAGCAGACAAUUUGGUUUGUGCAAAAACUUACUCUCAAACACAGACAAACUGUUGAAUUGUUUAUAAUAAAAAGA